CUUGUUGUCGUCGUCAGCACCACUGCAAAGAUGGCAUUUCCCAUUUGUGUGCUCUUCCUCCUUUGUGGGAUCAGCGGGCUGUUGGCUCAGCCUUGGCCUCGCAGAGGUGGUCCCUGUCCUGAGGGCUGGACUCAGUUAAACGAUCACUGUUACAUCUACCAAGAUUAUCCCAGGACCUUUGCAGAUUCACAGAGGGUCUGCACCGUUCUUCAUGCGAAUCUGGUGUCCAUCAGCAGUCGAGUGGAAAACGCGAUCGUUCUUCAAAUGAUUCGAGAUACUAACAAUGGUGACAUCAUAGACACCUGGACCGGACUCCAUGACACCAUCGAGGAGAAUCACUUCAUUUGGACCGAUGGCACACCCUUGGUCUUUGAUGACUUCGCCCGUGGAGACCCUAACAGCCUGGGUGGGAAUGAAGACUGCGUGGACAUUGAGGGAGAUGAUGCAUUGUGGCACGAUAACCCUUGCGAGGACGAAAACCCGUUUAUUUGUAUCCGAGAUGUGAAAGCUGAACGCAAGCACUGAUCAUACAAGUGGGUGGGGUCCGCAGACCAGCGCUUGCAAGUGUGACGGUGAAAGACGGAGAAGCAAGCUCACUACGACAACAUUUUGCAGUGAAUUGGUAUUUUAUCGGACAUCAGGGUGUUUUUUACUGUUGGUCGGCUUCACGUGUCGCUGUGUUGUGCAGUGUUGUGUUGUUUUGCUUGUCUGAGAUGGAUAAAGGAUUUGGGAAUCACAAUAUGAGCUAUGGACUGUAAAACACUGAACAUAAAAAGCAUGUGAACUUCACUCCUUGUAUACAUGUACGU